AACUUAAUAAUAAUAAUAAUCUCUGUACCAGAGUUCACCUUUAUGAGUGCUGGUCAACUUUGCAUGGUACUUUUGCCUGGAGAUUGGAGAGGAUAAAUUUCGUGCAGUGCGCUCCUUCUCUGUUUCUCCCCUGCGCUCCCUCUCCCUCUCUGUUUUCUCCCCAGUCAGUCUAAACCUUCUACAACUGCUCGCCCAUACGCCUCUGCAAAACCGACUUGCACCCUACCGACGCCAUGGCAGAGGUCAACAAGGACCUCCAGAAUCUGGCGAAGUCCUCCACAGAGGAUUUUUACGAGCUCCUCGGCGUACCCUUUGACGCCAAUGAAGCCACCAUCAAGAAAGCAUAUCGCAAAGUUUCCAUACGCUAUCACCCCGACAAGAACCCCGACAACAAAGAUGCCGCCGACCGCUUCAUCUACCUGGGCUGGGCCCGCGACAUCCUCAUCGACGAAACCCUAAAAGGCGAAUACGAUCGCGCGCGCGCACGGCGGCGAGAAAAGGCGUUGAAAGAUGACCUCCUCGACAGCCGACGCCGCGCAAUGAAGGAAGACCUAGAACGCCGCGAACACGAAGCAGAACGCGCGCGUCAAAACCUCAAGCGUAAGGGCGGCGUAGAAGUCUACACCGAAGCCGAGCGCCGCGAACUAGAAAAGCUAGGCGAAGCCGAGUGCGAACGCAUGGCUGAGAACAACAAGCGCCGCCGCCGCGAACUCACGGAGCGCAGGGAAAAACAGCGCAAAGAAUAUGAAGAAGCAUCUUUCGUCGCCGCACCCCCGAAACCAGGCCAAACCUCUGAAAUCUCCCGCUCAGUAAAACUCGUCUUCACUCGCUCCCCCACCUCCCCGCCCACCCUCGCAUGGGACGCAUCUACCAUCGAAACCAUGUUCUCCAAAUACGGAAAAGUCCAACACGUUAUCGCGGGCAAAGACAAGAAGGUGCGGAUUCCGGGCGAGAAACACAGGAUACAUGUUGUUAGUUUCUUCGUCGUUUAUACGAGGUUGGAUCAUGCGUAUGAGGCUGUGUUGGAGGCGAAGACGGAUUUCCCCGGCCUGGAUGGUGUUAGCUGGGCGGCUGGUGAGCCGGAUUGCUUGAAAGCGCCACGCGACAUGGGCGGUAACAAGGGCUUCGGCGGUGGUGCAACGCCAUUGGACACGCCUAGUCCUGAGGAGGUUACGAUAAUGAGGCUGAAGCAGGCGGAGAAGAAGAGGUUAGAGGAGCAGAUACGGAGGCCGGAGGCUGCUAAGGAAUCCUCCAGGGCGCCAGCCGGUGUUGGCAGCAAUGACUCCGGUGGAACACCAUUGCGACCAUUAGGAAAGCCCCAGUAUACCUUUGAGGGUACGAUGGCGAGGGUGAGGCAGGCGGCGUUGGAGCAGGAGAGGGCGAAGAGGUUGAAGGAGCAGAUACGGAGGCAGGAGGCGGGUGAGGAACCGGCGGAUGAGGAACAGGCGCCUAGCCUCGAGGCAAGACCGCCAUCUCGAUCUGGACUGCCCAUCUGUCCCUCCUUUAAGCCAAAGAAGCCCGUGGAGAAGAAGAGGUUGGAGGAGCAGAUACGGAAGCAGGACGCGGCUGAGGAUGAGGAUGCGGUAUGA